UAUAAAUCAUCGUUAAUUGUAAAUAAUGAUUGAUGAUCGACACGAACGUUUUACCAUCUCCGGCCAGUUUCGUCCUGAGAUAUAGUUCCAAUAAUAACUGAAAUCGAUCAAGAACGUUAUAGCCAGUCGCGUUCAUAUCACACACUAUUAAAGUGAACCAAUAUCGUUCGAGGGGCGACAGUCAUGUUACGAUACAAAAUCUAUUUGUUUUUGGCUUUUACCGUCGUCGGUUUGGUUCAAUGCCGGCAAUCGAUCGACCGAAAACAAAACGAAAUGUGCCGAGCGAUGACUAAAUCCAACGAAACCUUUACGUGCGAACCGAUCGAUCAAUGUCAGACAGUCCUCCGACAAACCGUCGAAGAUCAUCGCGUUUAUCCGAAGAUUUGCCGGUUCUUAAGGCGGACUCCUAUUGUCUGCUGUCCGAUUUCGGACGGACGGCCCCCCAACGGUAGUGUUGCCGAUCAAAUGUGUAAAGAAUAUUUUUCCAAGACGGUCGAGGGAGGCGGUGAAAUCCACGUUGAACACUGCCAAGCCAAAUCGGCCGACAACGGUCUCACCAUUGUGGGCGGCACAGCUGCAAAGGCGGCCGAAUUUCCUCACAUGGUUCUUUUGGGAUUUGGCGAACAGUUUAGUUCAGUCGAGUGGUCAUGUGGCGGAUCUUUAAUCAGUGAUCGUUAUGUUCUCUCGGCUGCUCAUUGUUCGAAAAGAGGAGCUAUAGACCCUGUGAAAUGGGCUUUAAUGGGCGACCAUGAAUUAGGAACAAGCAAUGGAGAUGGAGAUCCUCAAAUUCGAGAAUUUAUCAUGAGGAUCGAACAUCCAGAUUACAAACCAUCUUCUCUUUACAAUGACAUUGGACUAUAUCUUUUAAACGCAUCUGUAAAUUUCAAUACAUACAUCUUGCCGGCUUGUUUGAAUACUAGAAUGGACGUAACGGCAAACCAAGUCACAGCGAUUGGUUGGGGAAGAACUGAUUCUGCCCCUACGAGCAGCAUGCUCAUGAAAGUUUCAAUGCCCUUGGUGGACCAACAAGAAUGCAAUCAAAGUUAUGCAGAUAGUUCGGGGAAAAAACUGGAUUUCGGAAUAAGCCCAGAGAGUCAAAUAUGUGCCGGAGAAGAUGGUAAAGAUACGUGUCAGGGCGAUUCUGGAGGUCCUUUACAAAUUGUUGAUCCCAAAUACAAAUGCAUGUAUUCACUAAUUGGCGUAACAUCUUUUGGAAAACUGUGUGGAGAGUCAAACGCACCAGGUGUUUAUACAAGAGUAUCGCAUUACGUAUCGUGGAUAGAAAGAAUAGUUUGGCCAUUGUCAUUUCACUGAUAUUACCUUCAUUUUUCUUUAUAAUUAACAAUUACAAUGUUAUAAUUGUGAUAAAAGUACGUUUCUAAAAUAUUUACUGUGUUCAAAAGAAUGAAUGAUAAUAAUUACUUGUUAAAGAUAAUUUUUUUAUGCUCUAAUAAUUACACAUUAGCAAAAAAACUUAAAUCAACUAAAUUGCUACAUUAAUCCUUAGAAAAAUAAUUGAUCGACAUCAAUAUCAUACCUAUACAUUGACAUAGAUUUGGGGGGGGGGGGGGAAUCUUAGUAUUCAAAAACCUUCAAACUUAAAAUUAGUGCUACAUUAGUUUUUAUUUCAAAAAAUCUCUCACUAAAAAAUAAAUGUAGGUAUUUUAAAAAGCGCUCAUUAAGUUUUAAGAUUUUAAGUAUCCUAAGCUACCCCUAAUCUCCGCCAAUGUAUCUAUACUUUAAAUAACUACAAAAUUUCAAUUUUAAAACCAUAAUAUUGUUUAUAAACUUUACACAAUACAUGCAUUUGAAAAAAUCAGAUUAAGUUAGGUCAAGUCAACUGGCAUAUCACUAUGAUUGCACUGUAUACAUGU